CAAGCUGAAUGAAUGAAAGACCGGUCGCUACUAGAAGUUUCUAAACAAAACUCUCGUUUUAUUUUGAUUUUCUCAAUAUAUUUUCAAAUAUUUCUCGUGAAAGCAAUCAGAAACAAAGAAACAUAAUGUCUGCUGUGAGCACACAAAAGCUUCAGUGUUACAACAAGGGAUGUGGGCGUGUUUACUUGCUGGAGGAAGACGGUGAAGGUUGUUGUAUUCACCAUCCUGGGGCUCCUGUAUUCCAUGAUGCUUUGAAAGGAUGGUCAUGCUGUAAGAAGAGAACCACAGAUUUCACUGAAUUCCUCAAUAUACCGGGAUGUGCAAAGUCAAAACAUAAUCCAGUGAAACCGGUUGAAGAGCCCAAACCAGAAUCAACAAACGAUGAUGAUGUUGUGCCUGAGGUUGCAGUAGAACCCCCACCUCGUCGGCCAAUUCAGAAUGCUGACCCUGAAGAAAGACCGAGCAUAGAUGAGCCAUUGAUUAAACUACCUCUAUCAGUUGAUCCAUCAUUAAAAGCUGCUCUUGAAAGAAUGUCAUUAAAUUCCCAAACACAGCAAGAGGCCACUCAGGGUGAUGGAGAAAUUAAGAAGGGGACAGUGUGCAAGAACAAGGGCUGUCGGAUGCCUUAUGAAGGUGAGAUCAGUCUAUCAGAUCGAUGCAGGCAUCACCCUGGAGCAGCUAUAUUCCAUGAAGGAAUGAAGUACUGGUCGUGUUGUAAUAGGAAGACUUCAGACUUCAACAACUUUUUAAAUCAGGAAGGAUGUACUGUAGGCUGUCAUGUUUUUAAGAGUUCAGACAGUGAGGAGAAGAAGCUGGUUGCAUGCAGGCAUGACUGGCAUCAAACGGGUAAAAUGGCUGUCCUAUCUGUGUAUUGCAAGAAGUCCAAUCCAAGUGCUACGGUUGUACAAGCUAACCAAGUCUCCUUAGAUAUACAUAUAUCAUUUGACCAAGGCAAGAGUGCAUUUAGGAAAACUAUCAAACUAGAAGGGGUGAUUGAUCCAAACCGUAGCGUUGUUAACAUGCUCGGAAGCAAGGUGGAGAUUAAACUACACAAAGCAGAGGCAAUGGCAUGGAAGAAGUUUGAACUAGAAUAAUGAGAACUGCUGCUCUCUACUAAAUGAAAUAAUGAAUGCAACAUGAAGGGGUCAGUCUCACAGGAGGAAAUAAUUCAUAGCGUUAGGGAACUGUCGCUUUUUUAAACUGAUGUAAGGCUAACAACAUUGUCAUCCCAAAGAAACACAAAACCGGCAGACUACUGAAUUAUGUAAUUACUGUAGAGUGAAUACAGAGAGACAAGUUGUUAACAGGUAAAUUCUAGAACACAUUUCUAUGGAUGUCGUAUAAAUUAUGUUCUUGUGAAAGGCUUUUUUUAAAAUGAAAUUUUGAUAAAUUCACCGAAGAGAUUGUCUUUUUUCCCCACCCAUGGCUAUGUGAAGAAGUGAGGAAGCUUAACUGAACAAAUUUUGAUUUGAAUAUACAGCCAAUGCAUGUUAGUGCAUACAUACAGGCCCUAAUAAUGAACAGUGUGCACGAAGAGCACAUGGAUAGACUACGAUCGGGUCUGUAGGCCUGACUAGGGUGUAUCCAUUUGGUGAGUCGUGCAAAGUAUUAAGUCAUUAUAGCAUGGGAAUGCAGAAGAAAAUGUUCAUUGCUUGGUAUUAUACAACUUUCCCAUUGGACUUACAUACUCCUGAGGUGCCUGUCGCAUUCUACAAACCAUGCCACAUCCCCAAUGCCAAACCUCUGAGAAAUGCAGGUAUAUCUAAAAGGACCUGUUGGUUGCGAAUAAGAAGGCUGUGCAAUGCGAUAAGUUCUGGCCAAAUAUCUAGAUGAGGACAGUGAAAGAAGAUUUCUUUAAAGGUAUAGUAAGUUCCUUGGAUUCAAGAGGGCGCUAUCUGAAGGUUAUGUUGAGUGCUGUACUCGACGCCAUCUUCAUUAAGAAGAUCAUCAACAUAAUUUGCAUGCAGCUGUCAAUUAUCAGCCACUCGCAUAGCACCCGCACGCAUUCACAGUACACGUACGCUGAGCUGCUUUUGGCUUCAUCGAUGCCGCCCGACGCCACUUCACACAGCAGAAGGAGAUGGAGCCAGCCUGCCAGGAUCUUUGUACCUGUACAGUAGCUGAAUCAAAGGCGAACUGAGAAUUGUUGAGAGUUUUGGGCAUUCAAACCGUGGCAUCUGUGUAAGUGUUAUGUAGUGUAGCUGUCAAAAGGCAGUUGGCACCACACGCAGCAUGUACGUAUGCUCAACAACGACCUCUUGAAUCUCACAAAUUUGUACCUGUAAGUAGUUAAUGAAUAAGGGAAUUCUAUUUGUGCCUUGAUGCUCAUCAUAGCCCAAUUGCACUCACAUUUUACACAAAUUUGUGACCUAUUAAUUGCACGCAUGUGUAAGCGGAGCUCACUUUGAGACCGUGCAGACCAUGCACUAUACUCCUGGAGAUGCAAGUAUAAUGCCAUUUUAUAGAAUGGAUGAGAAAAUCCUUGCAAUCUGAUUGGUUGAGAGCUAUGCAUGGAUUUUUACUGGGUUGCAUGAACGAUAUCCCGAAAAUCCAAACGAUAUACGUUGUAAACAAGUUAUCCCGCAAAAAAGUUGUGAUGUCAUCACGCAUUCAACUGUUCGCUUAUUUACUUCAAAACUUUUAUUUUGGAGAAGCCCGAAGAAAUCAAAUAAAUGAUACAAAAUGAUCUGUAAGUACAAAUAAUUUUCUUAGAGAUUAAACUUGCAUGGUGCUGGUAACUGCCCUAGAUUUUGGAAGUCCAUACGAAUUUACUGGUGGGGAAUCGGUGCACAGCUGGCAGCCACAGGCCUAAUGAUAAUUAACAACAAGCUAGACACUGCAGGCUCAGGCAGCCAUAGGCCCUGGCCUACAUUAGUGAAUGCAAAGCUGUAUCUGGCAUUUUCAGUAUACAGUAUGUAUUAAUGCUAACAUAUUAUCAAGUUAGGCAUACAUAUUGAUGUUGUCUGGUAAACUGGUAACAAAAAUCAUGCAUCAGGUAAAAAAAAAUCAUGCGUCUGGCAAAAAUGAAUUUACUGGGUGCAUGAUAAUCUCAUGUGUCCGGUAAACUGAAUUUUAUAUCGAACCAUGAAAUUAUCAUGCAUCUGGUAAAUCAUUAAUUUUUGUGGUUUAUUCAAUAAAAUUUAUCCAUUCUAUAAAACAGUUGAUGCCAGGUUUUCUUCCUUGGGUCAGUGGAAUUGUGUGUAUGCGGUAACUUUGGCAUUACGGUCUAAACCAACUCUGCUGCGCCUCGUGGGCAAACCAAACCAAAGUUACCUUGUGCACACAUUUCCUACCAACCCAUUCUAACCCAUCCAUCAUUUGCAUACUGGAUCCUACAAUUCAAUCCAAUAAUCUGACCACAUAUUAAUUAGAGGACCGUUUCAUGAAAUCUGUCAGUGAUGACAAGUUUUAAUUAUCUAACAGUUCCCAUAGUUACCAUCAAACAUCUCAGCUUCUGAGUUCUCAGACAAUCAAAAUAAAGGAUAGUUGUAAGAUUUGACAAUUUGUCAGAUUAUAAAUCUUGAUGGAAAGACCCCCACCCCCCACCUUCCUGGAGCCUGUUGCAUAAAACUUUUUACCCGAGAAAACUUUGGUAAAAACUUAAAACUAAGGUUAUUCUGAUUUCUGCCAUUGACUUUAACACAGGCCAAAAACUCCGGUAAAAACAACCUGAGUUUUCUCAGGUAAAAAGUUUUAUGCAAGAGGCCCCAGGAUUAGACUUAGAUAAGAUCUUAUAGU